UAGCUUGGAGCGGUUUCGGCCCACCCCACGAUAAACGGAACCACGCGGAUCACACGAUUCGGCAAACGAAAACGAUGCGCGCGGGCGGCGGCGCGAGCCCACGACACGCCCCCUCCUCCUCCUCCUUCGCCGACGUCGCCAUGCUGCCCCGGCGCCUCGCCGCGCACCUCCGCCGCGGCAGCAUCCUCCUCCAGCACCACCACCACCACCACCACCACCACCACCGCGGCGGUGGCGGAGCCCCUCCCCACCCGCUCGCGCUCAGCCCCGGCCUCCACCCUCCCCUCCGCCCGCCGCCGCCGCCGCCGCGCCACCCGUUCCAGCUCCUCACCCCCCGUGCCGCCAUGGCCGGCGUCGCGCAGCCAGGAGUCGCGGCCGGGUCGGCGGAGUACGAGGAGGUGCUGGGGUGCCUCUCGUCGCUGAUCACGCAGAGGGUGCGGGCGGACACCGGCAACCGUGGCGACCAGUGGGAGCUCAUGGCCAAGUACCUGCAGAUAUUGGAGCUGGAGGAGCCGAUCGCGAAGUUGAAGGUGGUUCACGUCGCGGGGACAAAAGGGAAGGGUUCAACCUGCACAUUUGCUGAGUCAAUCCUUCGAUCUUGUGGUUUCCGCACUGGGUUAUUCACUUCGCCACACUUGAUGAAUGUUCGUGAGAGAUUUCGGCUUGAUGGGUUGGACAUUUCGGAAGAAAAGUUUGUAAGAUAUUUCUGGUGGUGCUGGAACAAACUGAAAGAUAGUACUGGUGGUGAUAUUCCAAUGCCAGCCUAUUUUAGGUUCCUUGCGCUGCUAGCGUUCAAGAUAUUUUCUGAUGAGAAGGUGGAUGUAGCUGUCCUUGAGGUUGGUUUGGGAGGGAGAUAUGAUGCAACAAACGUGGUCAAAGCACCUGUAGUUUGUGGAAUAUCUUCCCUUGGAUAUGAUCACAUGGAGAUUCUUGGAAAUACACUCGGAGAAAUUGCUGGGGAGAAGGCCGGAAUAUUAAAGAAAGGAGUUCCAGCAUAUACAGUUCCACAACCAGAAGAGGCAAUGUCUGUACUGAAGCACAGAGCUUCUGAAUUGGGUGUUCCCCUCCAAGUAGUCCAGCCUUUGGAUCCACAUCAGUUAGGUGAUCAACCUCUUGGGCUACAUGGUGAACACCAAUACAUGAAUGCGGGUCUUGCAGUUGCAUUGGUUAAUACCUGGCUUCAAAGGCAGGGGCAUUUCAACAUAUUACAUGCGAAACAUUCUAUCACAUUGCCAGAUCAAUUCAUCAAAGGGCUGUCAAGUGCUUGUUUACAAGGCCGAGCACAGAUUGUUCCAGAUCCUGAAAUGCUCUCGAAAGACAGCAGUUCCCUAAUUUUCUAUUUGGAUGGAGCACAUAGCCCAGAAAGUAUGGAAAUUUGUGCGAGGUGGUUUUCCUGUGUUACAAAAAAGGACGGAGAACAACCAGGCUCUUUGGACCAGCCACAUUUUGGCAGCAAUUCUAGGAAGAUUCUCCUGUUCAAUUGCAUGUCUGUAAGAGAUCCUCAGAGAUUGCUUCCAUGUCUUUUAGCUACAUGCGCUCAAAAUGGACUCCAGUUUGAUCAUGCCUUAUUUGUGCCAAAUCAAUCUCAAUACAACAAGCUUGGUUCUCAUGCAUCCCCACCUUCAGAGCGUGUGCAAAUUGAUCUGUCAUGGCAGCUAUCACUUCAAAGAGUGUGGGAAGGCCUUCUUCAUAGCAAUAAAGGUUCGAAUGGUGCAAACCCUAGUACAGCUAGUUCAGUUUUUGAAUCUCUUCCAUUGGCAAUCAAGUGGCUAAGGGAAACUGCUCAACAAAACCAAUCUACUUCAUUUCAGGUCUUAGUUACUGGCUCCCUGCAUCUUGUUGGUGAUGUAUUGAGAUUGCUCAAGAAUUAACUUCAUCCAGAGUGAUGCAUAGUUCAGAUUGAAAUAGCUGCUUGCGGCAGCAUAAGCUGGCCCCUGAAACCCUUUAUGAUUGGGAUACAAAGUGAAACUACCUGAUUGGAAAUUGGAAGAAUUGAAAGGCAUAUUGAUUCAGAUACUAACCAACUGAAAAAUUGUUGUAUUUUCCAAUUUUCGUGUUUCUGCCUUUGCAGGCAGUCUGUACCUUGUAGUCUAUUGUUGUUUAGAAGAGUGCCACCCAAUUGUGGAAUGUACAAACAUUGGAUUAUAUGAUAUUACUACCCAUUUUUU